CUCCUCCUAUGGGUUUACACAGAGUUAGUGCAAGAUAUUCUGCUGUGGGAGUGAGAGUGCAAGGAUAAACGGCAUAUACACGCUGCGCAUCGGUGUCACUCUCACAGCCUCCACAUUCAGAUCGGCGUUUCCAAGUGGGAUCGAGCCUCACAUUUCACUCUCCUGUUCUGACUAAAUGCCUUCGUGAUUUUUUUUUAACCUUGUGUCUGCAUCGGCGGGGUAUUGAUGGAGCUCCGUGAACUUGAGACAUGACGGGACACGGGUGUCUCCGCUUGCGGCUGCUUCACCUUAACAGGUAGCCGGGAAGGAGAAGACGCCGGUUUCCUCGGGGCCGAUUGCGGGAGAUGAGCUUUGGUGCUGGGAGCCGCUCUAAUGGAAGAUACCACGAACCACUGACCACCUGGCUGUGUCCGCCGGAGAGCGACGCUCAUCACCGCAAUUACAAUUAGAGCCUGUCCGUGCCUGAAGUUCCAUGGGAGGAAAGGAGCUGCGACAUAUGCAGCCUCUGAUUCAUCCCACUUUGUGCGACCGGCUGCUUUUACGCAAAACCUCUUCCCGAGUCUGAUUACUCCUGCGGGGCGAUUCUUUUCUUUUUUUUUCCCGGACCCAAAGCCAGAUUCUGUUGAGGAGGAUAUCUUUACCCGAAUAAGCUCGCAGGCUCUGUGGAUGAGAAGACUAUGAGCUGACACACUCCAGUUUCUCCUCCUGCGCUGGAACGGAUUUCGGGUUUUCUGUGGAAGAUUCUGCCACCUCACACAAGGAGUCACUGCCUGUAACAGUGUUUCAUAGAAAGAAACCUGUGAGUUGUGAAGGCUGGAAGAAGCACAUUUACACUGUCAUGGAUCUAAAAGACUAUUACCUGUUGGGUUCCCUGCUCGCCUGCAUAUGGCUCGAUCCUUCAAUAGCCCAAGAACUGAUCUACCCCAUCAGAGAGGAGCUGCAGGAAAACGUCCUCAUCGGAAACAUACCAAAGGACCUAAAUAUUUCCCAUACAAAUGCUGCCACUGGAGCAAGUGCUAAUCUCGUGUACCGGCUGGUCUCCAAAGCAGGAGACAACCCACUGGUCCGAGUUCUGAGCAGCACCGGUGAGAUAUUCACAACAUCAAACCGGAUCGACAGAGAGAAGUUAUGCCCCGGCCCCUCGUCUGAAGACAACGAGUGCUCCUUUGAAAUCGAAGUGGUCAUUCUGCCUAAUGAUUAUUUCAGGCUGAUUAAGAUCAAAAUAAUUGUCAAAGACACAAAUGAUAAUGCCCCCAUGUUCCCGUCUCCUGUGAUCAACAUCUCCAUCCCCGAGAACACGCUCAUUAACAGCCGCUUUGCUAUUCCUUCUGCCACUGACCCAGACACUGGCCCCAACAGUGUGCACAAAUACGAGCUGAUCAAUGGGCUAAAUGCCUUUGGCUUAGACAUAGUAGAAACGCCUGAGGGGGAGAAGUGGCCUCAGCUGAUUGUGCAGCAGAAUCUGGAUCGAGAGCAGAAGGAUACAUAUGUAAUGAAGAUCAAAGUGGAGGACGGUGGCACGCCGCAGAAAUCCAGCACGGCCAUCCUGAAAGUUACAGUAACGGAUGUUAACGAUAACAGACCGGUGUUCAGAGAGAGUCAGAUAGAGGUGCACAUACCAGAGAACUCCCCUAUCGGCACGUCUGUGGUGCAGCUCCAGGCCACAGACGCAGACAUAGGGGCAAAUGCAGAGAUACGAUACGUCUUUGGGACUCAGGUGUCUCCUGCCACCAAGCGGCUCUUUGCAUUGAACACAACAUCUGGCCUAGUAACAGUCCAGAGGCCCCUGGACAGAGAAGAGACCGCCAUUCAUAAGUUGUCUGUUUUGGCUAGUGAUGGCAGUUCAAGUCCUGCCAGAGCCACUGUGACCAUAAACGUGACUGAUGUUAAUGACAAUCCGCCUAAUAUAGACUUGAGAUACAUAAUCAGUCCCAUUAAUGGCACGGUUUUCCUCUCGGAGAAGGAUCCCAUCAAUACCAAGAUUGCUCUCAUCACGGUGUCGGACAAAGACACCGACAUCAACGGCAAGGUCAUUUGUUUCAUAGAGAAGGAUGUGCCCUUCCACCUCAAAGCCGUGUACGAUAACCAGUAUCUGCUGGAGACGUCGGCGCUGCUCGACUACGAAGGAACCAAGGAAUACAACUUUAAAAUUGUGGCGUCUGACUCAGGGAAACCCAGUUUGAAUCAGUCUGCCUUGGUGAGAGUGAGGCUAGAGGACGAGAAUGACAACCCUCCUAUUUUUACUCAACCCGUUAUCGAGCUGGCUGUAAUGGAAAACAACAAACGCGACAUGUUCCUCACUACGCUCAGCGCCACCGACGAGGACAGCGGGAAAAACGCCGAGAUCGUGUAUCAGCUGGGACCAAACGCCUCCUUCUUUGACCUUGACCGCAAAACCGGGGUCCUGACCGCGUCCAGGGUGUUCGACCGCGAGGAUCAGGACAGAUUCCUGUUCACGGUAACGGCGAGGGAUAACGGGACGCCCCCCCUGCAGACGCAGGCCGCCAUCAUUGUGACUGUGCUGGAUGAGAACGACAACAACCCAAAGUUCACACAUAACCACUUUCAGUUCUUUGUGUCUGAGAAUCUUCCUAAAUACAGCACGGUGGGUGUGAUAACAGUGACAGACUCAGACGCUGGAGAAAACGCCGCCGUCUCUCUCUCCAUUCUCAACGACAACGAGAACUUCAUCCUGGACCCCUACUCCGGCGUGAUCAAAUCCAACGUGUCCUUCGAUCGGGAGCAGCAGAGCUCCUACACGUUCGACGUGAGGGCCGUGGACAGCGGCAAACCCGUCUGCUCCUCGGCCGCCAAGGUGACCAUCAACGUGAUCGACGUGAACGACAACACACCCAUCGUCAUCUAUCCGCCGUCCAACACCUCCUUCAAGCUCGUCCCGCUGUCCUCCAUCCCAGGGUCCGUGGUGGCGGAGGUGUUCGCAGUGGACGGCGAUACAGGGAUGAAUGCGGAACUCAAAUACGCCAUUGUGAGCGGAAACAGCAAAGGCCUCUUCAGAAUUGACCCCGUCACAGGGAAUAUUACGCUGGAGGAGAAGCCCGCAGUGACUGACAUAGGCUUGCACAGAUUAGUGGUCAAUAUCAGUGAUCUAGGAUAUCCUAAGUCUCUCCAUACGCUGGUGCUGGUUUUUCUGUAUGUCAAUGACACUGUGGGUAACUCAACACUCAUCAAUGACCUCAUUCGACGCACCAUGGAGACUCCAAUUGACCGAAACAUUGGCGAAAGCAGUGAAACUUAUCAAAGCGGUGACUAUUUAACUAUAAUUAUAGCCUUUGUUACAGGUGCCUUAGUGGUGAUUAUUGUGAUAUUUGUCACUGUGCUGCUGCGCUGCCGCCACACGUCCAGGUUCAAAGCUGCACAGAGGAAAAAACAGGGGGCUGAGUGGAUGUCGCCCAACACGGAGAGCAAGCAGAACAAGAAGAAAAAGCGCAAGAAAAGGAAGUCCCCCAAAAGCUCGCUGCUCAACUUUGUCACCAUCGAGGGCAACAAACCCGACGACCCGGCGCACGAGCCCAUCAACGGAACCAUCAGUCUGCCCACCGAGCUGGAGGAGCAGGGGAUUGGCCGCUUUGACUGGAACGCCACGCCCACCACCACCUUCAAACCCAGCAGCCCAGACCUGGCCCGGCACUACAAGUCCGCCUCGCCGCAGUCGGCCUUCCACCUCAAGGCCGACACGCCGGUCUCCGUGAAGAAGCAUCACGUGAUUCAGGAGCUCCCAUUGGAUAACACAUUUGUUGGGGGUUGCGACACCCUUUCCAAGAGGUCCUCCACGAGCUCCGACCACUUCAGUGCCUCAGAGUGCAGUUCCCAAGGAGGGUUCAAGACCAAGGGGCCCAUGCACACCAGACAGCAGGGAACAUUAACUCGUGCCCGAACUGAACUGAACCCUGAAUAUCUGGACCUUCGUCCGCGAGCCGAGCUGAACCCAGAAUACUGGACCCCUUGCACCCCUUUAAAAGGACAACAGGACAUCAAAACACAUAGAGAAAUAGAAGAUGAACACCAUACAGCAGUACAUGUACAGUAUUCAUUGUACAUGUACAGUAGAUAUGCUUUUUGUUUGUUUAUACUUGAGUUUUAACUAUGGCCAACAAUGUACAUUGCUCUACUCCUGAAUAUCGACCUUGUUUGUGAGCUAUUUUGGACCUAUAUGAAAUAAUCUUGAAAAAACAACAACUCCGAAUCAAGAAGGUCAGCUGCUUUGGUACCAUUAGUUAUUGCAAAAGGCAUCACUCUCACUUCAGGUCUCGCUGUGUAAGCCUACUGAUCAUUCUCUUUGCUCUUAAAUGCUAUGUAGCACAUGCAUCCGUUGAUGUCUCAGCCGUUUUAUGCACUACACUAUAUUAUUCAUGUGGGUCUGUGGCAGAUGCUGCGGUCCAGAUUAUUGCAUCUUCAAAUUACAAUAAUCCGAAGCAUUCUUGGGUUAAGAUGAUAUUUUUAUGUUUUUUUAAUUGCAUUUACUGCAGCAAUUGGCUUGUCCACUAUAUUUAAUCUUUUCUAGCAUAUUUCGUAAGCGAUUUCUGUGGGUUCACUGGCUGUGCUGUGCGUUUGUGCUACAGUGUAUAGCUACAUUUUCUUGCAGGGACCUAAUCUGUAGAUACUGUAGAUUAGGCAGUAGCUCAAGCGGUGGAGCUAUUUGCCACCAAACAUAUGGCUGGUUUGAAUCCUGGCUUCCCUGUGUUAUGUGCCGAAGUUUCCUUGGGCAAGACACUGAACCUGAAGUUGCCCCCGGUGUCAGCAGCUCUGUCACCGGUGUGUGAAUGUGUGUGCUUGUAUACAGUGUGUGAAUGGGUGCAUGUAAUGCAGUGUUAAAGCGCUUUGAGUACCACUAGGCCAGGGGUUGGCAACCCAAAACUCCAGAGCCAUUCGAAUUACUGCCAUUACUUUACGCGGAACCCCUCAACGAAACACCAAAUCACAGUGGUGAUUGUGGUGACAGGUUGAUCUGGCUGCUACUGUUCAGACAAAAAAGUAUGUCAUAUCUGUUGCAUGAUAUGAGGUCACUAGUGAGCUCUCAGUGGUGCAGUGGUUAAGGCCAUGAGUGUAACAUUAUUUUGCUGCGGUGACAACAGGAUUGAAUGCCGUUAAUCUUUUGCUGAUUUCACAGUAUUUGAGAACAUUCAACAUUUGGGUUUAAACCUAAACAAGACUCAAAAGACAGCACGCAGAGGCUUAACAUUUUAUAUUUUAUUGACAGAUUGUAGCAAUUAACAACAGACUUAUUCAGCCUCAUUCUCUCCUAGCUACUUCCAGAACUAGAAUACCAACAACGAUCAAACUGCGUCAGGUUACGCCUUGUAAAACUGUAAAGACUGUUCAGAUCAUGUACAGAGGACAAAACAUUUUCAAGGUAUCAACGAGGACAGCUAACAUACUUUUCUCUGCUUCAAACAGCUGUCAGUAACUAAGAGCAACCAAUGCGCAUUCGGAAGUCUGUCACCAGUCAAUCUGGAAACGCGCCCACCUUUAAAACCGGCAGUAGUGAGGACACGUUAGACGUGUGAACCAAGGAGGAGCGCGACAGUGGCAGCUGCUGCGAUGCAACGAAAAAUUUAAUUUUUACUAAAUUUCAAUUUAUUUUUCCAAGCCACGCGGAGCCGCAGUAUAAGGAUGAAAGAACCGCGGGUUGCAGACCCCUGCACCAGGCUGAAAAGCACUGUACAAGUGCAGGGCCAUAAAUACACCACAAGUGCAAAAAUCCAAUGUUGGUUUAAAACAAAGACACAAUAGUUUCUAGAUACUGUUUUGACCUCCUAAAUCGUGGAUGAUACAGUAACUGGACUGUCUGAAUGGUCAUUCCAUCUCCACUGCCAGUCACAUUGGCAUCUUUAAGCCCCCUGUCAGUCUGAAAUAGCAAUGUAGGUGCACCUUAGGAAAUACAGUGCAGUUUAUAGCAAGAAUUCAUCACUAAAGAGAAACGGGACAAGCAUAUUGCAAAGAAGCGUCAGGUGUGAAAUAGCAGAAUUUGAGGACCAUCCCUUUCUCGUUGCAGCGGCAGCUCUAGUUAUUCUUUAGUGUUUGAGUUGCUCACUCUAACCCAAUAUGUUGUGACACUGACAACCACAACAACAUUUUAUUUAUUUAUUUUGUGUGUGAUGUGAAUUGGCACGCAGAGACGUACUGUCAGCUUGUACAUAUCACUGCUUGGUGAAACACAGCUAUCUCCAAAAUGUCAACUUUUCAGGAACUAAAAGACUGACUGACAUGUUUUCGUUUUGGCCACAAUGUUCCAGUUGAUUGGGGGGGGGCUUUUCGAGUGUAAGAGCUUGGAGAGUUGCUAAAACCAUGCAGUCCUUCAACCUUCUUCAAAAUAUCUAUAUCUUCCACAUCUGCAUCAUCUGUAGUGUUUGUUGAAUAACAUGAGAAGACAAUUACAUUGGGCAAAAUCUUGUUAUAUUGAUGCCAUUACUGUAUACCUUUGCAGAGGCAUUUAUUUUUGUAGCCAUGUGAUCACGUGUCAUCUUUCAAAACCUUCCAGUGACAGGAUUCCCCCGUGAGCAGCACAUGUGUCAGGAGCUUUUGGUGUGUUGCCCAGUAAUGAGAACCCUUGCAGGUCAAAUUAAGUCAAACCACAAUUUCUUGAUAUGUGCAUCAUCUCCACAUGAAGCUAGUGCAGUCAACAUGUUGGAAUGUGGCCAAAGCACACUGGAACAUUUUCAAACGCUUGACCUGUUAAACUGGACCAGGACUCCAGGACUCCAUGUGGGAUGUCAAAAUUCUUUUUUGUGUAUUUUGUGGUCGAAUCUGAAAAGAAAUUUCAGAUGUUCAUAAGGAUGGAAUGGAGCCAUUUUUCUGCUGAGGUCACAAAUCAACCACGGUCUCACAGGUUCCUUACAGUACUUGUACAUCAUGAAGCAGUUAAACUAUAAACUGAGAGCGUUGAUGUCUUAUUUAUAAAGUAAAUGAAUUAACUGCAAUCAUAAACAUUCACAGAUGUAAUCCACAAGCAGUCAGUUCUCAUUAAGGUAAAUUAAUGUUGCAGUAUGUGGCUACCACACACUUUACAUAUCACCAUGUGACAUACUGUAACUGCACGGUAAUAUCCUAAUAGAUAAUGUUCCCUCCAAACAUUGUUCACAUGGUACUAUACCCAUACAGUGAUAUAACUGUGAUAUAACAAUACACAGUUUAUGACUGUGUAUUGUUAUAUCUUUCUCCAACAGCAGUUUUGGCAUACCAUUAUCUUAUGUGGUAAUGAAGUUGAUGAUGUGGAAACUGCAUGUACAUGUACUGUAUAUUAUAUAUGUAUUAUAUUGCUCAUAGAUGAGCAUGUCAGGUAAAUAUUUACAGUGAAGAAUUAGCUUAGUAGAACUUUUGCUAUUUGAAACUGUCAAAUCCGAUUUUCUAAUGCACUGCCAUUUGUUCAACUGAUUGCAUGGUGAUUAGACUGCAAAUCCAAAACAAACAAAACAUUGUAUUAUUGUAGAAGUUUAACCAAUGAUUUCUAACUAACUUUAGAAUUUCCAUUAGGAGAAAUGAACCUUCUAUUAAAUAUGUAUUUUUGAAAGUCUGUGUAAUGAGCUAAUCUUUCUGCACACUUUAUCCCAUUAGUUGUCUGUAUAAUGCACUCAAAAUAUUACAUAUACUGUAAUUUCCUUCAUAUGAUAUAUUAUAUAUUGCAUGUUAGAACUUGUAUAUUAGUAAUUCCCUCGAUUUGGUUGUUUGGGGUGUUUGUAGAGCAGCAAUUAUGGAACGCUGACUAUGUUUAACAUGCCAUGUUAGUAAACUGAGCUGUGUUGAUAUUGUUUAGUAGUUUACCUAAGGGGCAGGAUUAUAUAUAAACAUACUGAAAAAAAAGAUUAAUUAUGUGUACUUAUGUUUUUUUUGUUGUCUUUUGUGCAGAUUGGUAUUUCAACACCUAAUCAUACUGUGUGACUUUAUUCCCACAGUCUCCUUCCUAUUAAUAAAUGCACAUUCGUACACACCAAGCUCACAACUGUCAGUAAUUCAGGGUAAAUCAAACACUCCUGAGACCUACAAAACAAAUUCUGCUCACAAUAUGAACAGAGUUCAGUGAUGAAUAAUAAAUGAAAAGGGUAAAGAAUUAAACUAAGGUGUGGGGGUUAAAUUAAUAAAUAAACGGGCUCAUAUAUAUUUAUAAAUAUAGAAAUAAGAAGUUAAUUCUCCUGUGGUCAGCCUCUAUAGACCUUGUGGUCUUUGAAGGCAUCAUUAGCUGGUUUUAUCAGCGCAUUGACCCUAAAACUAGUACCUGAGGGGCCUGACUGUAGUGGUGCAGACAUGAGUAUAUGAGUCUUGGAUGGAUGAAAUAAGACUUUGAAGUGGAUUUUCUAUUUGAAGGAUUAUACAUCGGGGAUUUUGAUUCAUGCCCAUUUUUGGUCCUCGAGGCUAUACGCUUGUGUGGGUGGAAAGAGUAGUCGUUCACAAAAUGAUUAUUGUAUUUGUUUAUUUCUUCAAGUAAAACAAUGUUACCUAGUGAACGUUUUGGUUUUUGGUUCAUUUGAAUUGGUUCCUCUUUUAAUGACUCUUUGUGGGAGUAGGGAACCACAGAGAACUAUAACUACUGUAUGAAUAGGGGAAUUUCUUUCCCUUCAAAUCCUCUCAAGACCUGUGUUUGUAAUGUUUUACACAAAUAAAGCAAAGAUUUAGGGUCACAAGAUAACAAGAGUGCCUGAAGCUAGGGCAAAUGCAGAGUAAUAUAUUACGGCCUCCAAAUCCAUUAAACCAGACCAUUUGUUCCUCUUUGUUGAUUGUAUCAGAAAUUGGAGGUAUAAAUACCAUACAAUAAAGCUGAUUGUUUCAAUACAGAUACAAAUCUCAUAACAUAAUCAUCUGUAUGUCAUGUGGAUUGCCCUAAUCCAUGAGUAUGUGGUCAUGACCUAGUUCAAUAUGAAAAUUUUGUAAAUACUCUAUACUUGAUAAUCCGUCUUUCAGCUUUGAUUGAUGACCUAUUUCAAGAAAAAAAAAAAAUUUGAGCUUCAUCCUUUAUAUCAAAACAAAGAAAAAUGUUUACAGUGCUGCAUACUGUAUAUCAACAGAUCAUGCUGCAAUGCAUGGCAAGCUCUUAAUUUCCCUGUAUAAUUUCUACAACAAUAGGGUCUUUGUAUGAUUGUGCACUAUUUUGGUUUACUCACACAGUGGAGGAGUUAUUGUUUCCCAUUUGUUAAUGCCGUUUUUCCUGCAGGAAUACUGUCUUUGAGGUAAUCUGUUUGGUUCGGUUCAAGCACCAUUCUCCGGGGAGAGCGCCGAACUUUUAAAAUGUAAUUUUCCUCUUACCACCCUUGAAUAGUCUUACUAUGGCAGUUCUAACCUUGAGCCGUCAAAACAGAUAAAUCCUCACCGAUUGUAUUCUGAUUAGAUUAUCCGCCUAAUCUGCAACACAUGCAUGGAACUGCAGGCAGUGGAAAUACCACUUUUGCAAGGCAACGCUAAUGCAAUAAUAGCGGGAUGGUAAUACAUGCUGGCAGAUAGCGAUGAUACCAGGGAAAAACAAUAUUAAUGGAGCACUGAUCCAACAGCUAACAAUAACCCAAUUUAUUACACAGGAAGCUGACUUCGCUGGAUCUGCUUUACCUUAUAACAACCUUUACAGCAACUCUGGCACUUUUUUACUUUUACUGUGUACAGUACUUUCAGUUUUGAUGGAGCCAUACGCUUACACCCGUAUACUCAAGUUGAAUCAAAGAUAUUACUUUUUUAAUGGCCCAGGAACUCUCUGGGAUUUACAGUUCUAAAUAUUGCUGACAUACAGCUUUCAUUAGACAGUGUUGUGGGCUGUUAUGUUGUAGUGCACACAUUUAAUAAAGUAAAACACAUAAAUCCAUGUACUGUUCAAAAAUUUUAUGAAACUCAGUUGUAGUUUCUCGAAAAGGCUGAAGAAGAACUCUUUCUAUUGAUUACCAUUCAACCUUUGCAUAAUUGUUGCGUAAAGAAAUGUUUACAUUUACAGUUUACUGAUCUAUUCGCCAAAGCAACAUGAACACAGUUACAUAGUCGUCCAUAUGACCGAACUACAGUAUAGUAAAGUAGGCUUUAUUAAUUUACACUGUCUACACUGUCUGUGGUGGUUGCGUGCACACUGUCUAUGUCUAUGCACCCUGGCAAACAUUAAUAAGUGUGAGUGUAUGUUUUCCUUGACUGAUAGAUGUGCCUCUGUUCUGUAUUUUGUAGGCACUAGCAGACAAUCUCUGUUUUUUGCCUUUGAUUAAGGAUAUCUGCGGUACAAUUUUGACACCUGCCGCUGCUGAGCACCACUCAGCUGUAAAAAGUUCACUAAAAUAAGUGUUUUGAUCUGGGAUAUGGCAGCUAUUAAGGCUUGAAAUUCUAGACUCUGGCAGUAAUUCACAGCUUUGCUUUUUGAUGGAUUUGAAAAGAAUUAUAAUGAAUAGGAUUUGAUUUGUUAUAUUUAGAGGUUUUUCAACCUAUCUGUGCAACAAAAUAAUUCUUGUGGAGCCUCCUAAUUAUUUUAGUCCAAAAUACCAGUUGUUAAAUAUGAAACGGUUCAUCUGACAUAUGCAUUGAUGCGUUUGAUUUUAAAUACAACAAUCCCACUGUAAUCCAGUUUGAGUGGAUUUUGCAACAACCAGUUGGAA